AUGGCGAUGGCUUUCAAAAUGGCGACUACUGGGAUGUGGGUGACGGAUGAGUGCAAGAACUCAUUCAUGGAAAUGAAGUGGAAAAAGGUGCAUAGAUACAUAGUGUUCAAGAUCGAUGAAAAGUCAAGGCUUGUGACCGUUGAUAAGGUGGGUGGUCCCGGCGAAAGCUACGGUGAUCUUGCAGCGUCCUUGCCCAACGAUGAUUGUAGAUAUGCCGUGUUCGACUUUGAUUUUGUCACCGUCGAUAACUGCCGCAAGAGCAAGAUCUUCUUCAUUGCAUGGUCUCCAACAGCAUCAAGGAUAAGAGCAAAGAUGCUGUACGCAACAUCGAAGGAUGGGCUGAGAAGAGCUCUGGAUGGAAUCAGCUAUGAAGUUCAGGCCACUGAUCCAACUGAGAUGGGAUUCGAUGUAAUUCAAGACAGAGCCAAGUAG